GUGAAAAUAUCCCUUGACCACCGAGUACGCACACCUCUCCAACUUACAGAAUGAUCAUCUAGACACAUCCAAAAUCUAUGUCACGUCAGCAUCAGGUGUCCAUGAGACACAAUGGGGACGAAUUGAAACCGCUUAGAUGUGCACUCUCAAAGUUGGAAUGCUUGCGUGUAUUACGCCUAAAUACUAGACACAUACUUGUAGUCUGUUACUGCUGUUGAUGUUUUUCCCUAUUUUAAACAAAAGAAGUCCUUUGUUGCUAGUUACAAACACGUCAAUUUUGAGCAUGCACAUCUAAACACCUCAACUCGUCACCAUUGUGUCAAUUGAACAUUCCAACUUAGAGAAUGCAAAAUCUGUGUCACGUCGGCGUCAGGUGUCCACGACUCCAAAAUCUAUGGAGACGAAUUGGAGUCGCUUAGAUGUGCACUCUCAAAGUUGGAAUGCGUGCGCGUAUUACGCCUAGCUAAAUACUAAACACAUACUUAUAUCUGUUGCUUCUGCUGACGUUUUUUCCUAUUUUAAACAAAAGGGGUCCUAAUGGAUUUACAUUCUUGGUUAUUCAUCUUCAUUUUGCUUCAUCUUAGUUGUUUCGAUUCAAUUCAAGGACAGAACACACCCUAUUCAAACUGUCCCGAAGAAUUCCAGUGUGGAACUUCAAUUCUAGGCUUUCCUUUCUACAAACCAACUCAACCUGAUUGCGGAUUAUGCAAAGUUGAUUGUGAUACUACUCCACAUCCCAUGAUUGAAUUAGAAGGAGUGAAGUAUCAAGUUCUUGAAAGACAGAAUGUUUUUGUAACUAUUAAGGAUCCUAUUCUUGAAACUUUCUUGAAUGAAAAAAGCUGUCGAUCUUUCGAUAGAAAUCUUUCUCUCCCAAUAUCUCCUAUAAUCACUUAUAGAGUCUAUCCUUUCCUCACUUUGUUCAAAUGCAACACAAGCAAGAAGAGAUUUUACGAGGGGUUUCAAAGUUAUAAUGGUUGCGAAACCUUCACAUUAUACUAUAACCACUCAUCCGUUUCUUCUACUGAAUCUCGACCUGUUGCUACUAGCUGUUCAAUGAUUCGAGUGCCAAUGAAGACAGGUUUUGAAUCAAAAUCGAACAAUAGUGACCUGUUUGAUAUGCUAACUGCUGAUGUUUCGCUAGGAUGGACUGUAUCUAGCAAGUGUAAUCAGUGUUAUUCUCGUGGAGGACGGUGUCUAGUUGACAGUAACAAUAAAUUUCUUUGUUCUGCUGGUGAAAAAAGCAAAGGAACAUUGAAAAAGCACCAUCGUUGGAGAACAUGGAUCGCGAUAACAUUAGUUGCAGUUUUUGCAUGCAUUGGAAUCUCGAUUUUGCUCUUCUGCUUCAGAAAAAAGAUUUUUUGGUCCAAGUAUCUCAGGUUUUGGGAAUCGAAAGCUGAGGAUCAUCGAAAUAUUGAAGCAUUUCUCAACAACUACGGGCCAUAUUCUCCAAAGAGAUAUAGCUAUUCAGACAUUAGAAGGAUGACCGAUCGCUUCAGAAACAAACUAGGCCAAGGAGGAUUUGGCGACGUAUACAGAGGAAGUUUGUGUAACGGGGGUCAAGUGGCGGUGAAGGUUCUGAAUGAACUAAAAGGCAGCGGUGAAGAUUUCAUUAACGAGGUGGCAAGUAUUAGCAGGACAUCACAUGUUAACAUCGUGAGUCUUGUGGGAUUUUGUUUUGAAGGUCGCAAAAGAGCUCUCGUGUAUGAAUUCAUGCCGAAUGGAUCUCUUGAAAAGUUUAUCUACGAGGAAAGAUCAGACAGAGUUCGCCAGUUAGAUUGGCCGGCAUUGUACAAAAUUGCACUAGGCAUUGCUCGAGGAUUGGAGUACUUGCAUCGUGGUUGUAACACUCGGAUUCUGCAUUUUGAUAUAAAGCCUCAUAAUAUACUGCUCGACGAAGAUUUCUGUCCUAAGAUCUCUGACUUUGGCCUUGCCAAACUAUGCGUAAAAAAGGAAAGCAUUGUGUCAAUGUUAGGUGCACGAGGGACUAUCGGUUACAUUGCUCCAGAAAUCGUUUGUAGAAACUUGGGAGGUGUUUCUCACAAGUCUGACGUUUAUAGUUAUGGAAUGAUGGUCCUAGAGAUGGUUGGAGGAAGAAAAAAUGUUGACGAAAGAGUUGCUAACACGAGCGAAUUCUACUUUCCUGAUUGGCUCUAUCAACGAAUUGAACUAGACGAAGAGCUUCAACUCAUCGGUAUAAUGAAUGAAGAGGAGAAAGAAUGUGCACGAAAGAUGGUGAUCGCGAGUCUAUGGUGCAUCCAAACUAGUCCUUCAAAUCGACCAUCGAUGACUAAGGUUGUUGAAAUGUUAGAAGGUAACUUAAACACAUUGCAAGUUCCUCCCACACCUUACUUAUAGGUAACUUAAACACAUUGCAAGUUCCUCCCACACCUUACUUAUAUUCUCUUUCAAGAAGAAGAGAAGUUGAUUCAUAGCAAUACAAUUGAUUUAAUCUAUGUUUGUUUAGUCUCAUUUUCUGUUAUGGAACUUCAUACACCAUCUGUUAAUUUUGGUAUUUAAUGUACAUAAAUGUCCUUAGUGUUUGGAGGAUG